CGGCAUAAAUAGGGCGCGGCGCUCACAAUCUUUUCCACACCAAAACCUGCCUAUCCAUCGCUACCAAUACACGACCGACCACCUAGCAGUAGCCAGCGUGCUGCAACUUUGUGUGACAGUCAAGAUCAGAUGGCCUCGCCGGCUCUUCUCCGCUACCUGGUUGUGCUACUCCUCCUAGUAGGCUGCCUCGGGUGGCCCGUCCCAUCUUCUCCAGCGCCAUCGUCGGCGCCGCCGAAGACGGUCGAUGGCAUCACGGCCAUAUACAACUUCGGGGACUCCAUAUCGGACACCGGGAACUUCAUCCGGGAAGGGGCCGUCGGGCUGAUGGAGCACACCGGGAAGCUCCCCUACGGCUCCGCCAUCGGCGGCCCCACCGGCCGAUGCUCCGACGGCUACCUCAUGAUCGACUUCCUCGCCCAGGAUCUUGGGCUGCCGUUGCUGAGCCCGUUCCUCGACAAGGGCGCCGACUUCACGCACGGCGUCAACUUCGCCGUCACGGGCGCCACCGCCCUCGACACGGCGGCCCUCGCCAGGAUAGGGGUCAACAUGACCCACACCAACACCUCCCUCGCUGUCCAGCUCCAACGCUUCAAGGAUUUCAUGGCCAGCACCGCCAAAACACCCUCGGAGGCGCGCGAGAAGCUGGCUAGCUCACUGGUCAUGGUCGGGGAGAUCGGCGGGAACGACUACAACUACGCCUUCGCCAUGAACAGCCCCCAGCCCAACGGCGGCCUCAACAACAUCGGGCGCAUGAUAACCGGCGCGGUGGAGUCGCUGGCCCUCGUCCCGCUGGUCGUCAAGUCCAUCACGGGCGCGGCCAAGGAGCUGCUCGACAUGGGCGCCACGCGGAUGGUGAUCCCGGGCAACUUCCCGCUCGGCUGCGUGCCGAGCUACCUCGAGGCCGUGAACGAGACGGACCGGGCGGCGUACGACGGCAACGGCUGCCUCGUGGUGCUCAACCUCUUCGCGCAGAUGCACAACGUGCUGCUGCUGCAGGGCAUCCGGGAGCUGCGCCAGCUCUACCCGUCCGCGACCAUCGCCUACGCCGACUACUUCUCGGCCUACGUGCAGAUGCUCAGGGGGGCGUCCAAGAUGGGAUUCGACGCGGCGGCCGCGACCAAGGCGUGCUGCGGCGCGGGCGGCGGCGCGUACAACUUCGACAUGGACAGGAUUUGCGGCGCGCCGGGGACGGCGGUGUGCGCGAGGCCCGAAGAGUACCUUAGCUGGGACGGCGUCCACCUGACGCAGCAUGCCUACAAGGUCAUGACCGAGCUGCUCUACCACCGAGGCCUCGCGUCUCCUGCGCCGGUGAAUUUCCCGCGCAUGUAGAUCGCCUCUGGUUGGUUUCGACUUUCGACACUUUCAAAGUGUUCGCCCCGCCGUUUGUAUUUUAUUUUCCUUUUCGAGUCUUGUGGAGUGUGGACGGUAGUUUGGUGUUGAUGUAUGUAUGAACUUUUGUGGCGGCAAAUGAAUGGAAGAAAUAACAUGUGAUUUUGCA